CUACGGUACUCAAACCUUUUCAGUGUGGAAAAAACCCCUGUGUGUGUGUGUGUGUGUGUGCGUGCGUGUGUGUGUGUGUGAGAUAGAGAGAGGUGGGAAAGCUUUCACGCUUGCCAGAGGAGUUCCUGCAUAAAAACAUGAAUUUCAACGAGUUUGCUUUAAACAAGUGAGAUAUAGAUUUGCGUAAUUUUUUUAAUGCAUGAAACCAAAGAAACCCCAAACGCUGACGUCAGUGUGACAGUGGAGGAGUUUUAUUAAGUGCUAUGGACACUUAAGCAUCGGAUUUGCUCAUUUCUGAUCUGACACAUUAUCCAAAAUUAUAGCACAGCGCUGCUGAAUUCUCAAAUCUGAUUGGCUGGAAGGUGUUGAUUCAUUUUUUUUAAAUUACAGCAGCUCUGACAAUAAUGCCUGCUUCAAUUCGAAUCACAGGUUUCUAUUAAUGUGCUCAUUCUAAUACAUUAUCGUUUCCAUGGUAACCACUUGUACGGGGACGUGUAUAGUGGACACUCCACAUAAACUGAGACUAAUAAUAAAUGGGUUUAAAAAUGUGUUAUUUAACAAAGAAACACCUGUUAUCAUUGAUGUGGGGAAGUUUCAAGAUGUUUUUUUAACAUUUAUGGAAGGAGUCUCCAGUGUCAGUGCUUUGUAACAUCAGUAAAUUUUCCGCCAUAUGAUUUUUGGGCUCUUUUCUUUUCUUUUCUGAUUCCAGUUUCUUUUCUCAGUAACAUGACAUGCUGUGUUUUUACAUCUUAUAUAUUCAAGAUGGAGGAUUAAAAAGAGAGGCUGGUGAGGGAACGAGUUUAAUGUUCAUAGCUGCUAUGACGUAACUGAUAAUAGCGACUAACUUGUCUCGCAGAUGUUCCAUCAGAUCCACGGCAACGAAUCAAAAGACGGACAUUAAGUAGCUGUUCAUUAAGUAAUACAUGUAGUCGCUGAUUCCUGUGGUAUAAGAAGAAUAAAACACUGCAGGACGCACUUCAUAUCAGUUCACAUCCCACCGGCCAAUCAUUCAUCACUUUCAAUAUACAGUAUAACAGAACUCUGUGAAGGAGAGUGUGUUCUUCACUACAGCUCUAACACACUCCUGAUGUUUCACAUAACUUUCCAACAGACGCUCUCUGUACUACUAGCACUGCAGACCAGGACCAAUAAUCACCUUGCAAUCAAAAAGUGACACUGAUUAAAGACACAAAUGUCUCUAAUCACAGUGAGACAUACGUUUGAUGCUAGCAGAGUUUAUCAAAUAGGGCGCGAAGACAACAAAAAGGAUGUAAAGCACACUAAAAAACAGAACAAGAUGGCGAAGAAGAAAGCAAAGAAGACGAUGACAAAAAACACGACGAAAAAGGUGAAGAAGGAGGCAACAAAGAAAAAGGUGAAGGAGGAGAAGAAGGAGGCAAAGACAAAGGUGAAGAGAGUGAAGAAGAAGGCAAUGAAGAAGGAGAAGAAGAAAAAGGUGAAGAAGGAGGCGAGGAAGGAGGCAACAAAGAAAAAGGUGAAGAGGGCGAAUAAGAAGGUAGUGAAGAAGGAGGUGAGGAAGCAGGUGAAGAAAGAGGCAAAGAAGAAGGUGAAGAAGACGACAAAGAAGAAGACGAAGAUGAAGAAGACAAGAAGAAGAAGGAGAAGGCUAGCCAAAGACUCACUGCCCUUAAGUUGUGGUUUUGUUAAUUAAGUGUUCAUCAUCAUUAAGUGCUAAUUUUUUAUCUCACUUCCCUUUUCUCCUGUCCAUGGAAGCUGAUCUUUUUGAAAACAUGCCAGCGUAAUUUUGGAUACUGUAUCUUUUAAUAUAUUUGCAUUUCUGGUUUUUGUGGAUUCUCGGAUGUUUUUUGACGACUUUUAUUGAGUUGAAUGCUGAAAAAUAGCGUACUGGUAUCAGGGCCGAUGCCUGUCUGAAAUGCCAGAUCAGAUAUUUUCAUAUGAACACAGACAUAAGCUUUAAAGCGAUAUUAGAGUUUACACCAAUCCCAUUAAAAAAAUAAAUAAAUAAAUAAAAAAUUCAAUACCAAAGCUCUGAGUAUCUCCCAAUACCUGACACUGACAUUGUCAUAUACUGACAUUGCUACGUGAGUCAAUCUGAGGCUACGUUUACACGACAACGAUGUAGUCAAAAACGGAAAAGUUUUUCUCGUGCGUUUUCAAAAAGUUUCACGUAUACACGACAACGUGUUCAAAACGAUUUGCGUUUACACAUAUCCGCGAUAACGGCCAAAAACGCUGUAUUACGUAUUCCGGGCCAGUAGUUGGCGCUGUCACCUUGUUAGUAAACACUAAAAUCACCACACAGACAGCAAACUCUUGAGCAGCAGCAACACUACCAUGUACUCCGCCAUUGUUGUGUAUGUUUGUUCGCGCUUGCCUUUACAAUAGACACGUACUGCGCAUGUCUACAUACCUAACAUGUACUACGCACGCGCAUGACGUCACCGUUUUCAAAGAUUCCCGUAUUGGGUGUUUACAUGGAGACGAUAACGGCAGCGUUUUCAAAAACUUCAGUCCCCAAAACGCCGUUGUCGUGUAAACAAACAGGCAAAACACAUAAAAUGUUUCCCGUUUUUGACUGAAAACGUGUAAACAGCCCCCGAGUCAGCAAGUUCCUUUUUUAAAGGUUGUUUUCACACUUGAUUGUUUUUUCUUCAUAUGCGUCCAGAGUUCAGUAGGUUUGGUGAAGUGAGAAAGAUGUUUUCGAGUCUGGGAGCAGAUCAGAGAACCAAUCUCUGUUCCUCUCACGGUCUGCAUCAGCUGUGUGUAACAGGAUUGGUUCAACACGUCAGGUUACUUCCUGUUUCUACUUUCAUGAUGCUGGAAAAAGAGUUAUUACGGUUACUGAUGUAUAAAUAUCAGACUUUUGCAGGAUGGACAACUGUAUUUUGCUCACUGUAUUUUGUGGAACGAGUGCUUGCACUCAGAGUACUGGCAAAAAAAAAAAAAAAACAGGAAAGAAAAGCAUUUUGCAAACCUGUGUGUGUGAUGUAUGAAAUUGCACAAAUGGUCCAUGAGUCAGAAGAAGUCUUCAGCGUGAAAGCAUUGAGAUUAUGAGCCCCUCCCACAAACAAGCCCAGUGUGUGUAAACGCACUAAGUUGUGAAGAAUGUCAAUGGUGUUUUUUUUUCUUAUUUUAAAAUAAUCGCUGAAUAAUUGCGAUUUUAAUGCCUCACACACACAAAAACACACUCAUUUUAGCCUUUAUCACACUCCCAGAAAAAAUAAAUAAAUAAAUAAACUGUACCUUGUCACUGGGGUGCUAAACUCAAGCUUUUGCAGCUUUACUGGUUAUCUUUCACACGGUAAUGUGAAUGUAGUUUACGCUUAAAUAAACGAUUUAACGUACAUAAUUGGACCUUAAGGACCACGCCUUUAAUUUUCUUUUAGAAUAAUACUUUAAAAGGUACACUACAUGCACUGUUCCAGGUUAAAGAUACACACUACAGGUACAGGUGCAUUUUAUCUGAGUGUGCAUGCAGCUCUACUGUGGAAAUGAUAUUUUCCACGGAUUUUAGCUAGUAAUUAAGUCAUCAUUCACCUCCGUUUCCAAGAAGUAAUCACUUAAAUGAAUGCCAUGCUGAAUAGGGUUCGCUAGGGUUUUAGAAACAAUCGUGCCAUAAUUCAGUCAAAAAUAGAGGACCUCUCUGCUUUGAUAAUGUUAACCGUUUUAAGGAGCAGACAUGUGCACUGAGAUUUCAAAAUACAGAAAUACAGCUCCCUGCCGUUUGUCAUUUUGUUCUGUGAAUACAUAAGGAGGAAGAGUGAAAGGAAGGGAGGGGGAGAGGAGAAAUGGGAGGUCUGCAUGUGUCUCAGUUUGUGUGUGUGCGUGUGUGUGUGCGUGUGUGUGUGUGUGUGUGUGUGUGUGUGUGUGUGUGUGUGUGUGUGUGUGUGUUUGUUUAGUGCUGAUGGGGACCGCGGGGGAUUAACCUCCCAUCCUGCUGGGGGUUUUGUAGUACGGUCACAGGGCAGCAGUGUUAAUUCAACCAGCCUUAAUAAUGUCCUCCGGCACUGCCCUCAGCCCUCCCCCUACAACACACACACACACACACACACACACUCCCCCUACACACCCAGAGUAAUGAGCCUCGGCUGUGUGUGUGUGUUUGUGUGUGUGUGUGUGUGUGUGUGAGACUGUGUCGUGUGCUUGUGUAUGUCUUGGAAAGACAAAAGAGCAAGCAAAACCCCCUCAGUGUACAUGCUGAGGAGGUAUGAUGAAGAAAAACAGCUGGAGGGAGGGGGAUAAAUGUGUGUAGGCUGAGCGCUACAGUCGAUGAAGCUUUUUGCACACAGCUGGAUAGGUGUAAGUGUGUGUGCGUGUGUGUUUACGCACAUUGAUGUGAGUGUAGGUGUGUGAUUGCACAUAGUCUUUCCUCUCCACAUGUCUCCUUCCAUCUUCCAUCUCUCAUCCUGUUGCAACACUGAAGCUACACUUUAUGAAUGAUUUACAAAAACCUUUGCGUAUGCUUUAUGAUCGAUAGAUUAAAAGGUGGAAAAAAAAUAGCCAAAAAUACUGGAUUGGGAUCCUUGAAGAUAUCCAUACAAUACACCGAUACACAGUGA